CAGAAAAGAGUUCUUUUACAAAUCGUUCUUUUCCUGUUCAUCCGUCAAACCGAAAGGUUGUGUUUAUAAAUUUUAAGAUUAGUUAAAUCUUAUCCAUCCAUCAAAAUGAGAAUUUACAAGGAUAUUUUUACUGGUGAUGAAAUGUUCUCAGAUUCAUUUAAAAUGAAAUUAGUAGAUGAUGUAGUAUAUGAAGUAUACGGUAAAUUAAUUCAAAGAAAACAAGGAGAUGUUACUAUUGAAGGUUUCAAUCCAUCAGCAGAAGAAGCUUCCGAAGAUUGUGAUGAAGCUGUCGAAUCUGGAGUCGAUGUAGUUCUUAACCAUAGACUUUGUGAAACAUACGCCUUUAACGAUAAGAAAUCCUACACUGCCUAUCUCAAGGAUUAUAUGAAAAAGUUAGUAGCCAAAUUAGAAGAAGAUCAACCUGAUCAAGUUGCCAUUUUCAAAAACAAUAUGAAUAAAGUAAUGAAGGACAUCUUAGGCCGAUUUAAAGAACUUCAAUUCUUCACUGGUGAAAGUAUGGAUAUUGAUGGUAUGGUAGGCUUAAUGGAAUAUCGUGAAAUAAAUGGUGAAUCAGUCCCCGUUCUAAUGUUCUUUAAACAUGGAUUAUUAGAAGAAAAAUUCUAGUUCACAAUUGUGCAACAUAUUGUAUUGAAACAAAUUUUCAAACAUAACACCUUGAACAAUAUAUUUAUCAUUUGGACUAAAUCAAAAUUAUUUCA